AUGCUCCUAAUUAAAAACAUAGGAAAACUAAUUUGGGGUAAUCCCGACAACCCUGAACUCUUUCAAAUUGGCACUGGUCAGUUAGUUCGCAUUAGACCUGAGAAUUCCAAAGUUACUCGAGAAUGCAUAUAUAGGGAUUCCCAAGCAACUAUACGUCGAACACAACAAGAAUGGCAGUAUCAAUUAGAUUUUUUAAUAAUAAAAGCAAAAUUCUUCAUAAUAGAAGAUACUGAAAAGGCGUUUUUAAUUGACGAAGCAUUGGAAUUUCGCAAAGGAGAAACUGAAGGAUUCAAAACUUUUAUAUGGAAGAAUCUCGGUGAAGACGCCUUGGAAAACUCGAUUGAUUUAUUUGAAUUCGUUUGUGAUUUGAGAGUGUCUGAGCACACUGUGAAAACAUUCGAGUAUACUAUGUAUCAUUGUAUGUACGAGCGAAAAUAUAGAAAAUCUCACGAAAACGCCAGUGAAGAGGAUAUUCAAAGUUUUAUUUAUGUACCGAAACACGUGAAUGAACGUCCAUCCACUCCUACGCAUACUUCAGUUCACGCACGAUCUCCUGACUCAUUUUCGGUUACUACACCUCUUGUAAUAUCAAAUUCUUCACAAUCAACACCGAGUCGUAAAACGGGAAAAUCAGAGUUGCCUGACUCAUAUUCAAGUCUCGAUACAUUAGUGAGCAUCGAGGCUGCUUUAUAUCUGUUUGAUGCUGCCACAUUAACUUUUGUUGAGUAUGCACCUAAAGUAACAACAACGCUGCUCCAGGGCAACAAUUUCCAAUACUGGCUGAAUAUCUUUGAUGAUGCUAAAACUAAUCUUGUUGGACAAAAACUUCAGCCAAAUAUGAAUCCGGUUUUUAGUACUGAAAAUUGGUGUUUAAUUUGGUGUCAUUACGAUGAAGGGGGAGAGAUAUAUUCUUGGUCCCUUCGUUUUGACAGCCUCGAGAAAAUGAGAACUUUUAGAGCAGUAUUUGCGCGAGCUAUGUUUGAAGCAUUACAUGAGAUUAAAUUUUCCUCGAUUAAAAAAGAGGAUCAAGAAUACGUGAUUAGUACAUAUGAUGACGAUGUAGAGAUGCCAGAUGCGAUUCGGGAAGAUUCAGAUGACGAGGAUUCAAGCUCCGAGGGUGAAGCUGAUCGAAAUGACACGAAUGGACAAGAUGCGGAUACCGAUAAUGAAAAUAAUAGUCAUCUUGCUGUUGGAUAUAAACAUAAUAGAUCGUUUGUUGUGAAGGGUCAUAAUAUUGGCGUUUUCAGACAUACAGAUGACGAUAGUAUCGAACAUAUAAGUUCAAUAAAGAAUAUUGCGGAUUCUUCUGGGAAAACGUUCAGUCCUAGAAAGGUUAUGCUACAUGAACAAGAUUCAUCAUUAAUUCUAAUGAAUGGACAAAAUGAACACAGUCUCUACAAAAUGGAUUUGGAAUACGGAAAAAUAGUUGAGGAAUGGGAUGUGCACGAUGUCGUUCCAUGCACAAAUAUUGUUCCCGAGAAGAAAUUUGCACAAAUGACGGGAGAAAAAACUCUCAUCGGAUUAUCACACAAUUCCAUAUUUCGAAUUGACCCUCGUCUCAACUCGAAAUAUAAACUGGUUGACUCUAGUCGUAAACAGUACCUGACAAAGAACAAUUUCUCAUGUGCUGCAACUGACGAAAAGGGACACAUUGCAGUAGGAAAUGAAAAGGGUGAAGUUAAAUUAUACGACACUCUUGGAAAAAAUGCAAAGACUAAUUUGACGGGCUUGGGAGAUCCGAUUAUUGGAGUUGAUGUGACUUCAGAUGGAAAAUAUGUUGUGGCCACUUGUCGAACUUACCUCCUCCUUAUAAAUACACAACUUGCGGGAGAAGACAGGACUGGAUUCGAAAAGAGCUUUGCAAAAGAUGCGAAGCCUAAGGGAAUAAGAUUGCAUUUAAGACCUGAACACAUAAAAAUGAUGCAAGUGGAUGUUUGCUUCACCCCCGCUCGAUUCAAUAUGGGGACUUCUUCAACUUUGAAAGAAAAAUCAAUUGUUACUAGUACUGGUCCAUAUGUAAUCACUUGGAAUUUCCUAAGUCUCAAAAGGGGAAAAUUAUACGAUUAUCACAUAAAACGUUACGUGGACGAUGUUGUUGCGGAUAGCUUCAAAUUUGGAGGAGAUAAAUCUAUAGUUGUUGCUUUACCAAAGCACGUGUUACUCACAAAGAAAAGUCAUUUGCACAAACCGACCAAAAAAUAUUUCGGCGAUAUUAAUAAUAUUUAA